GAACGUUGUUGGUUUGGUCUUUGGAACUGAUGAGGAAGGCAAAAUGAAUAUUCUUCAUCAUAAGAGUUGGCAUGUACGCAAUAAGGACAACAUUGCCCGAGUCAGACGAGAUGAAGAGAAAGCUGCCAACGAAGAGAAGGAGAGACAACGCAAAAUAGCACUUGCUGAACAGGAGGCUAGAACAGAGUUUCUAAGACAAAAGUCCAGAAAACACUUAGAAGGUGCUGGUAAAGGGGAACAGUUGAAUGAUGGGAAAUCACUGGUUAGCAGUGAGGCCGCUGUUUCAACAUUUGGAGCAGGUGCCCUUACUGAUGACAUCUACUCUGGAAGGCACAUCAACUUUUUCAAAGAAACAGAUGGGAUGGUAGUGUCUGACAGAAAGAAUGCUGAACAUGAAGCGGAGAAGAAAGCGGAGCAAGAGGAGUGGGAGAAGAAAGUGGGCAUUCUCACGUACCUAGGUCAAAGCUCUAAUGAAACUUCAGCUUCUUGGUAUAAUCAAAGAAAGAGAAAACAUGAAGAGGAGGAAGAGGAUAAUGAUUAUGAGAAACAGAAAAGGAGAGAGAAGAACAGGAAGCUACAGGAUCACCUGGAUCCUAUCCACCAGAUGAACAGCUUCCUCCAUAAGAAGAAAGGCAAGGACGGCAAGGAUAAGCAUAAAAAACACAAGAAGAAAAAACACAAACAUGACAAGGAAAGAUCAGAGAGUAAACAUAAAUCUGGCACAUUUUUCAUAAAAAAGAAAUCCUCAGUAUCCAUGGAGCAGCUGAGGGCAGAAAGGUUAAAGAGGGAGAUGGAAGAGAGACAGAGAACCGCUCAGUUACUGGCGAAACACCGCGGGGAGAAAGUGGAGACGGAACCACAGGAGGUACCAGAGAGACAGCAAAAAUAUAACUCACAGUAUAACCCAGACUUUGUACGCCAGCCGAGGAAAAAACAUAGAGACUGAAAUAUAACUCACAGUAUAACCCAGACUUUGUACGACAGCCAAGGAGAAAACACAGAGACUGAAAUAUAACUCACAGUAUAACCCCGACUUUGAUGACAGCUGAGAAAAAACACAGGGACUGAAUUUACUAAAUCUUACUUUGAUUAUGAAUUUUGUACAAAAAUCUUGAAGAAAAUAUUAAAGGGAAUUGUCUAGGUGUUAAAAGACUGUUAAGUAGAAUACAGUUUUAAAAAGAUGCUAAAAAAGGGUGGUUUCUAAAAAGGGGUGGUUCCUUACUUUAAUCCUUCAUUGAGUUUAUCAAUCAACACACACUUAUUUUUCUUUUGGAGAGGUUACCUAUUUAUUUGUUUUUAUUGCAAGUUAUAUUGUGUGAACAUCUAUAAGGAACUUAUAUUUAUGUGAUUUACAUCUGUUUUAGGGUCUUGUAUUUAUUAAAUGAUGAUAUUGCUCGUUUUAUUUUUGUUGACUUUGAAAUUAUUUGUUGUUUAAAGCAAAGUCAUUCAUUGCUUAGAUUAAGUUACUCAAAUGUUUUCAUAUUAUGACACUGAAAAAAUAAAUUAUCCAAGAAUUAAUAACUCAUUAGAUUUAAUAAACUGUUGAUACAACUGAAUCCAGUGAUGAAACACAAAUUGUAAGUUCAUUGAGGACCUUAUAACAGACUCUGUUAAUGUCCAGAUGUACUCAAGAUCAGCUGUAUCUAUUUCCUGUACAAGCUGAUAAUUUAUAAACAUGUAUGGUUUAAAUAAUAGUGAUUCAGAUAAUAAAAGACUUU